UGUUGUACGUUUCCAUACAGCUAUUUCCUGUUGGCUCUUAGCUAUCUUGCUCUUCUCGCGCCCCACUCUCCUUUCUCCUUUGCUUCACUUGAAUAUUCUAUAAAUAAUUAAAUAUAUACUCACGCGUCUCUACGCUGCUCAGUAGCAUCAAUAUUAGAGUUCUGAAUUCUCAAGAUCUGAAAUCGCGCUCUCAUGGAGGAUCGUAAGGAGAAAAAUGCGCCCUGGUUAUCUGUUCCACAGUUUGGGGAUUGGGAUCAGAAGGGGCAAGUGCCAGACUACUCAAUGGAUUUUUCAAAAAUCCGGGAAAUGAGGAAGCAAAACAAGACAAAUGUUUCCAGGGCGAGUCUUGGUAACGAAGAAGAGCUCAUGGCUUCUUCAACUGCCAGCAUAAACACUGGGCACAGUAUCACUGAUCACCAGCAUUCCCAUUACCAUCGAAGCCACCACUCUUCAACUGCAAGAAAGAGCAUCUUCAGCUACUUCAACUGUUGCGUGAAAGCUUAACAUGAAUACGUGGUGUAGAAUAUUUUUCUUGUCUUCUGUAGAUUAAUUUGGUUGGGGACAAUCAUGCUUCUAGGCAUUUUGAUCUUGAAUGAAUUUUUUUUUUUCCUUUUUAA